AUGAAGGAGGGUCUGAAAGAGAGAAGAGCAGCAGUUGUGGACGAGACUGUCGAGACCGGAAAGAGCAUUCGCGGACCUCGGCGGAGUUUCGCCAAUUACAAGACCACGAUGAAUUCCCUUCGUCGUCCUGACAGAACAGUUACUAUAAUACUUCUCAAAGGGCAACGGAGAAGGCAAGACGAAUAUACCGCUCCUUCGGUUCUCGUUUCCGAAAUUCGACAUGCCGUCAUGUCGAUGAAGGUGUUAAACUAUUCACGCGAUACCUGUCGGCAUGCAAAGUGCCCACCUCGUGGAGGGCGCAAGACUGUGUCACUGUACAAGAUGGGAAUUCCGACGACAUUGGCAACUAUUGUCCAAUCUGCCUGCUGUCUCUAG